CAGGAAAAGGACAUCGAAGUCCCGAAAUACCGACCGAUUCCAUCUCCUCGUUGGCCUUUUCACCUGCAGCGGAUUACCUCGCAGUGGGGAGCUGGGACAACAACGUAAGUUCCAAUUGCUCACUCCAAGCGUGCACGUCAGUCUUCUGAAACGAACGACUUUGUGCCUCCAAAGGUCCGUUUAUACGAGGUCGGUGCCAAUGGGCAGACACAGGGAAAGGCUAUCUAUGGGCAUCAAGGUCCUGUGCUCAGCAUAUGCUGGAACAAGGAGGGCAAUAGGGCCAUAUCUGGAGGUGCUGACAAUGCCGCGCGCAUGUUUGACAUUACGACUGGUCAGCCACAGCAAGUUGCUCAGCAUGAUGCUCCGAUCAAAGUCGUCAAGUGGAUAGAGACACCCCAAGGUGGGAUCCUUGCCACGGGAAGCUGGGAUAAGACGCUGAAGUACUGGGAUUUGAGAACUCCCAACCCCGUGGCUACUGUUCAGCUACCGGAACGGUGUUACACCAUGGACGUCCAGUACCCCCUACUUGUCGUCGGCACGGCCGAGCGCCACAUCCAAAUAUACAAUUUAACAAAUCCAACCUCCCCAUACAAGACGAUAACGUCUCCCCUUAAGUGGCAGACGCGUGUUGUCUCGUGCUUCACCAAUUCUUCCAGCAGCGGGUUUGCAGUUGGCAGUAUCGAAGGCCGCGUGGCCAUUCAAUACGUGGAAGACAAGGACAGCUCAAACAACUUUUCGUUCAAGUGUCAUCGCAAGGAUCAAACCCCGUCUUCAAAAGAUCAGUCUCUGGUGUACGCCGUCAACGAUAUCUCAUUCCACCCUGUCCACUGGGACGUUUUCUACGUGUGCAUUCAUUAUUGGGACAAGGACGCGCGAACGCGACUAAAAUCGUUCGAAACAGCACCUGCACCGAUCACUGCAACGACUUUCAACCGUAACGGGACCAUAUUUGCCUACGCAAUUUCGUACGACUGGUCCAAGGGCCACAGCGGAAUGACGCCAGGUCACCCUAACAAAUUGAUGUUGCACGCUUGCAAAGAAGAUGAGGUCAAGAGGCGACCAAAGAAGUAGUUGGUUGUAAUACACUUUUAGGACACCGAAAGCAUCUAUUUUCUUGACAGAAAAGCACUGUCCAUGCAAGUAGAAAAAGGAGCUCUUGUCGAGUACUGUGAGCUUGUGGCCCCAUGUAACUUACUACCCCUAUCUAUGAUCAACACUACGCGUCCGAUCGAAUCGCGAUCGUUUCCCCUUGUUCGGCCCAUGGAGCACUGUCAA